AUGCAAGCUCUUGGAACAGGCACACUCCUAGACCAGGCAAGCUCUUGGACCAGGCAGGCUUCUGGACCAAGCAAGCUAUUGGACCACGCAAGCUCCUGGACCAGGGAAACUCCUGGACCAGGCACGCUCGUGGACCGUGCACGCUCCUGGACGAGGCAAGCUCUUGGACCAGGCAACGUGGACGUGGACAUGGACGUGGACCUGGACGUGGACAUGGACGUGGACGUGGACGUGGACGUGGACGUGGACAUGGACGUGGACAUGGACGUGGACGUGGACGUGGACGUAGACGUGGACAUGGACGUGGACGUGGACGUGGACGUGGACGUGGACAUGGACAUGGACGUGGACGUGGACGUGGACGUGGACAUGGACAUGGACGUGGACGUGGACAUGGACGUGGACGUGGACAUGGACGUGGACAUGGACGUGGACAUGAACGUGGACAUGGACGUGGACGUGGACGUGGACGUGGACGUGGACGUGGACGUGGACGUGGACAUGGACGUGGACGUGGACGUGGGCGUGGACGUGGACGUGGACGUGGACGUGGACGUGGACGUGGACAUGGACGUGGAGGACGUGGUCGUUGACUUGGACGUGGAGGUGGACGUGGACGUGGACGUGGUCGUGGACGUGGACGUGGACGUGGACGUGGACAUGGAUGUGGAUAUGGACGUGGACGUGGACCUGGACAUGGUCGUGGACGUGGUCGUGGACGUGGACGUGGUCGUGCACGUGGACGUGGACGUGGUCGUGGACGUGGACGUGGACAUGGACGUGGACGUGGACGUGGUCGUGGACGUGGUCAUGGACGUGGAGGACUUGGACGUGGAGGACUUGGACGUGGACGUGGACGUGGACGUGGACGUGGUCAUGGACGUGGUCGUGGACGUGGAGGACUUGGACGUGGAGUAUUUGGACGUGGACGUGGACGUGGACGUGGACGUGGUCGUGGUCGUGGACGUGGUCGUGGACGUGGACGUGGUCGUGGACGUGGUCGUGGACGUGGACGUGGUCAUGGACGUGGACGUGGUCGUGGACGUGGACGUGGUCGUGGACGUGGAGGACUUGGACGUGGAGGACUUGGACGUGGACUGA